AUGGUCAAGAAGAAUGAAGUUCUAGCAACAGGCCACCAUGUGCGUGCAUAUAACGUGGAACAUACAGUAUUCGAGGUUGACGCGGGCUGGGAUCGUUCGUAUUCUGUCAAUCUCCCACAGAGGUACUGUCAAUGGGGAAAGUUUAAGGCUUUUAAAUACCCGUGCAGUCAUGCCGCUGCUGCUGCUUUAAGUGUUCAACAGAAUCCUUUCUUAUAUGUGGAUGAUGUUUUCUUGACAACUAACUUGGUUGAGGCUUAUUCGUAUCCGUGGCAGCCAAAUGGUAAUGAGGAAGAAAUACCACCUAAUACAGGUCCACAACUUAUUCCUGACUCCUCUAUGUUGCGUGCAAAAGGCUGUCCAAAGUCCACCCGGUUCUGUAAUGAGAUGGAUGAAGUUGAGACAAGUCAAAGCCGCAGGACCUCUUCCGCAUGA